CCGGCGUUAUCUCUCACCCAGAAGGAGGGCUUGCGUUUGCACAGUAGCGAUGGACUCGGCGAGGAGCUGGCUCGUCGCCGCUUCUUGCUGCUGGAUGAGUUCCUUCGGCUUUGUCAUGAUUCGUUCGUCAGGGAUAAUCUACGUGAGCAUCAUCGAGCAAUUUCAGGUCACGAGGGAAGAGGCGUCAUGGCCCGUCACCCUGCCGACCAACACCUACAUGCUUUCAGGUCUCUUGGCCAGCAUCGUCGCAAGGUACACCGACACCUGGAAGAUAACGCUGGCCGGAUGUGUCUUGGGAUGCCUCGCCGUGUCCGCUUGUUUCUUCGCCAGCGAGACUUUGCACCUAACCCUCUUACUUGGCGUCGUGUACGGUGCUGGUAUAAGCGUUCUAAGGCUUAACACGAUGGUCGUCAACCAACACUUCGUCCGGUACCGAGCCGCCGCGUCUGGCAUCAACAUGGCCGGUAACUCCAUCUCAGGGUUCGUGUUUCCUCCGCUGGUGCAGUACUUCAGCAUGUACGGACUCCGAGGAACGUUUCUGCUCAGCGGCGCCCUCAUGCUCAACUCCAUAGCCGGACCCAUUUUCCAACGGGCCUCUCCGCCUCCCCGACAAGACCGCACUACAAAACCUACCCAACGGUCAACAAAGAAACUAGAAUCAGAGACAUACUCCAGUCUCCGAACGGAAAUGGUAGUAUCCGACGACGAAAAACGAAGUCAUCAGAAGCGAAUCUAUUAUGAUGAAGCAACUUCUCAAUAUGAACAUCAAAACGGCGACAAAGUGUCGCGUUCUCUUUUAACAGCAACUGAUCUGUGCAAUAAGCAGGUCGAAUGCGAGGCUUCUACCAAAGGCAUCAGGGAUGUAGCUUGGUCGAGGAAUAACGACAGUGGAGGCCUUUGUGGCUCGAAGCCCAACCGCGCUGACUCAAUAAACAGUCUGGUGAUGCCGAAUGGUGAGACACUGCACUCAACUUGCAAUGAUAAGAACGUCGCAUCGAAUUCCAAGGAAAUCAAAAGAAAGCGAUGUCUUUCCUUCCUCAAGUCACCGAUGUUCUACCUGGUCAUGUUUACGCAGGCCGUCAUCUCCUUCAACAUGACCAGCUACCUAACGGUCAUCGUGGAUUUUGCGGUGGACCGUGGAAUCUCCAAGUGGAACUCUGUCUUCCUCCUUUCGUCGUAUACAGUCACGGACCUGGCGGCACGUCUUGGCUCCGGUUGGAUCACAGACAGACACAUCUUCUCUAGAAGCACGUGGACAGCCGUCAACUUCUUGUUGUGGGCAGUGACCUUUUUUGUGAUUCCGGUCUGCAACGACUACUACUAUCAAGUGUCAAUGUCCGUGCUUGCUGGUUGGUGCAACGGCUCGACGCUAACACUAAUCCCAGUGUUGUUGAUGGAUAUCGUUGAGCUGUCCGAAUACGGUGUCUGCUACGGCGUCAGCUCGUUCGCAGUGGGUGUCUUAGGCUUCUUGAGGCCAUCACUGAUAGGUCAUUACAGAGACAAGCUGGGAGACUACGAGGGUCUAUUCUUUCUUUUGGCCCAAUGCACCUUGGUGCUCGCCUUCUUCUGGAUGUGUGCCUCAGCGUACGACAGGUGUCUAGCGAAUCGGCACAAAAAAGCUAUGCUCUGUACUCAAGGCUACUUCUGGAAGCUCAAAAAACUUGAGAGCAUGGGCAACAGGGACAUCAACCCUUCCUGAUUCUCAGCAGCAUGGUGACCUGGACAAAUCUCUGCCAAACCCCUUUAGGUCCUGCUUCGUAAGAGCGGAUGUGCUUGCAGACUGCGCUUUAGAAGUGAACAAUCAGAAAAAAGAAUGCUCUUAUCGCAUAGCUUCAUAGUCACCAAAAAGAAGUCAGCACUUACCUCCAUUCUUCUUACAAAAAACUCAAAAGGACACUUAAAGGCCGACGACCA